AUGCACCUUUCUGCUAUCGCUACACUUCUCUCACUACUACCUGGCGCGGUAAACGCGUUAGGGCAGGCUACUUGCGUCUCAUUUCAGUCUUCCUCCUCAGUCUUCACUGUAGCCAGCAAUGGGAAGGCUGCACCGAUCCUCACGUCUACAGAUGACUGGCCAGGGGUGCACAGAGCAGCUCAGGACUUCGUCGCUGACAUACAACGUGUUACUGGCGUCAAACCGACCCUGACAAACACGACCGCUGCCAAAGCCCCGCGUUCAUCGUUGCCUAUUAUCAUAGGAACUCUUGGACGGUCCUCCCUCAUUGACCAAAUCGUCAACAACACAAAACUGGAUGUAUCUGGAGUGCAAGGACAAUGGGAAGCCUUCAUGACGCGCGUUGUGGCCAAUCCUCUGCCAGGCAUCGCGAAGGCCUAUGUCAUGAUUGGAGCCGACAAACGAGGAACGAUAUUUGCGCUCUAUGACCACUCAGAACAAUUUGGUGUGUCCCCGUGGUACUGGUGGGCUGACGCGCCAGUCGCGACACACACUUCUCUGUUCGUUUCGCCAAAUGGUUGUGCCCAUGGCGCGCCAACUGUAAAAUAUCGUGGUAUAUUCUUCAACGACGAGCAGCCAGCGUUGCAAAGCUGGGCUGCCGAAAAGUUCGUCACGAACGAACAGGGUUCAGCCUUGACAGACUCGCCGUUCAAUCGAUUUUUUCAUAGCAAAGUCUUCGAACUUCUGCUAAGAAUGAAGGCAAACCAUCUCUGGCCUGCACAAUGGUCUUCCGCAUUCGGAGUCGACGACCCGCUCAAUCAAUUCAAUGCUGACUACUUUGGAAUUGUUAUGGGGACAAGCCACGAAGAACCCAUGAUGCGUUCUAUCCCUGUUGAGUGGGGUCUGUUCGGUGUGGGGCCGUGGGACUAUGGCGCAAACGCUGAGACCAUCAACGCUUUCUGGGUCAACGGGACGAUUCGAUCUAAACCUUUCGAAAAUGUCUGGACUGUAGGAAUGCGUGGUAAUGGAGAUGAACCUAUUGUUGGAGACGCAAUCAGUCUCUUGGAAAACAUCACCGCGAACCAAACUGCCAUCUUCAAGCAGGUCUUUGGCCAGGACGUUGAUGUGUCUCAAAUUCCACAAGUUUGGGCGCUAUAUAAAGAGGUCGAGGGAUACUACGAUCAAGGACUUCGUGUUGACGACUAUGUGACUCUGUUAUGGACAGACGACAACUGGGGUAAUAUUCGUCGUUACCCGAUCCCUUCAGAACGCAACAGGACUGGUGGUGCUGGUGUUUACUAUCAUGUUGAUUAUGUUGGAGACCCACGAGACUACAAAUGGAUUGCGACCUCGCAAAUCUCUAAGAUAUUCGAACAAUUAUCCAUCGCUGUCGAUCGCGAAGCAACACGUGUUUGGGUCGUCAACGUUGGGGAUCUCAAACCCAACGAGCGCGAAACCGAAUUCUUCCUCAACUAUGCUUACGACUCCUCGAUCUGGACCCCUGAUAAUCUUGGCACUUUCGUCUCCGCGUGGGCUCAACGCGAAUUUGCGGGCAUCUCAAAGGCAGAUGCCAACACGGUUGUUGAGGUUGUCGGAAAUCUGACGAGGUGGAAUAUGCGCCGUAAGCCGGAAUUGUUGAAUGCUACGACAUUUAGUUUGGUGCAUUACCGAGAGGCGGAAAGUGUCCAAGCUGCAUGGGAUAACCUCCAAUCGGUAUCGACGGCGAUAUACAACCGACUUCCCGCAAACACCAAGCCCGCAUUCUUCCAACUUGUCCACCACCCUGUUCUAGCAAGUGCAAAUCUGGGUAAUAUGCUCAUCAAGGCCGGUCAAAGUGUGUUGCGAGCUAGCCAAGCAAGGCAGAGUGCGAAUCAGCUUGCGGACCAAGUCGAGGAGUUGUUCGAAAAUGACUUCGAAUUGGAGACGCAGUACCACACCUUGUUGGAUGGUAAAUGGGAUCACAUGAUGAGCCAGACACAUAUUGGCUAUGCUUAUUGGCAGCAACCCAUGGCCAACAGUAUGCCAUUGAUUUCGAGGGUGCAAAAGAAGAAGCAGGCUAUUCCUGGCCCGAUGAGAAUCUCUCCAGAAGGAACAUUAGCCUCUUGGCCCGGAGACAACAUGUUCCAAUGCGCGGCGCAUUUCAACUGUCCCCCACCGACACUUGUGCUUGACCAGUUUGAUCCGUUUGGUAAUCGCUUCGUCGAUGUCGGUGCUGGCGGACCCACACCAUUCACAUUCACUGCUGUGGCCAAUGUUUCUUGGCUGAAAGUAUCACCCUCCUCGGGCUCUGUGUCUCCCUCCAACCCUGAAGUACGCGUAUUUGCUAGCGUGGACUGGAGCCAAGUCCCCAACGGAAUGAACUUUGCGAACAUAACGUUCCAUCCUUCUGGGACCAAUGUCGAUCAGCAUCCUACGCCAGCUGGUGUUGUGUCGUUCCCGGUCAACUUCAUCGCCAAUAAGACAGCUCUUCCUGCGGGUUUCAAAGGAUUUGUCGAGGCUAGUGGUGUCGUUGCAUUUGAAGCAGAGCACGCUUCUCGCAACAACUCUGUGUCCUCGAUGUCCUGGCGCGUUUUACCUGGUCUUGGCCGGACACUCUCUGGUGUGACACCUUGGCCGCGUCUGGGGAACAACGAAAACAACUUCACUGCUGGCGCCGGUCCCUCGCUCGAAUACGACUUUUACACGUUCAGCAACUCGAAUGCUACGGUGACGUCAUUUGUGUCGCCAUCAAAUAAUGCGCUUGGGAUGGACAGGCCACUUGGAUUCGCUGUUCAGGUCGAUAGUGGGCCUGUGCAAUCCAAUUACUUCUACCCCGAUGCUGCACCUGGACAACAACCUCCGCAAUGGAAUGGGCUUGACGGAUUUGCAGCCAACUCGAUCAUUAGUGUGCCGAAUGCAGUCAAGUUGGCUCCUGGAGCGCACACACUGAAACUGUUCAUGAUUGAGCCAGCCGUAGUGGUGCAAAAAAUUGUAAUCGCUGACUCUCGCGAGCAAUUCAACCUGAAGGAACGCGAUGAGUCAUUACUCGAGGAAGUGGGUCUCGAUUAUGGUGGGUUGGAGGAGCAUUUACACCAACUCUCCGACAACUACCAGAUUCUGGUUGACGAGCAGUUAAUUGUACUCCCCCAUCGCGACGGCUUGUGGAAACUUUGGCACCGUUUGUCCACUACCGUUGUAUCUGUAGACCGUCGGCCUCACGUCUGCCAAACAUACAAAGGCGCAUCGUCCUUCGACUACUUGGUGAUUCCACUGAACCCCUCCUCGUCCAUCCUGCCUCGUCGUCUCGCAGCACGGAUACCUCCACAUAUCCUCCUCAUACAUGCAGGUGCAAAACUUGCUCGUGCCUACAACAACACACCGAUUGGCGACGACCCAGCUGGUCGCGAGCUUCUUGAAAGAGUCCUGCACUCCGACAAGCCAGACCCGUUCCAGUUCGACCAGGCCGCUCUCGAUCUAACGCGGCAUGUCGAGGAGCGUUUCUCAUCAAUGAAGUCGUUCCUGACGGACCAGGACAUUUGCCAGUAUCGAAUUAUCUCUUUCACAUAUAUUCCCUGGUUAUGA